UAAAUAUCUAAAUACACAUAUAUUCAUAUAUACAUAUAUAUAUAUGUAUGUAUGUAUGUAUGUUUAUGAUUUUGCUUGGUUCUAGGAUUAUCUGUGCUAGUACACAGAAUAUACUUCUACACAUAGAGUCGAUCUUAUAUAUGCAUAUAAGCAGGCACGCAAUCAAUACUACACACUCAAUGAACACAUACUUAUAAACACAAAUACACACAUGCACACACAGCUGCAUAUGUACACGGGCAUAUAAUAGUCGCACUUCUAACCUAGUUGCAUGUUUGUAUGAAGAUAUACACAUGCACAAAACUUUGGAGCUCAUUCCAUUAUAAAUGGACAACGGAUUUAAUCAAAAAGCAGGUGUUCUUGGACGAAGAGAAGGUGGAAACAUUAAAGAGAUCAGCAGCAUCAUUUCUUCAGUAGUUCUGUUUGAGCCUUAUAUAUUCUGGAAAAGGUUAAAAUUUAAACUUUCAAACUGGGGUCAUUACACAGCACCGGGCCCAGAUCUCGCAGACGCGAGAAGUGGGCCCGUGAUCGCCAUCGACAGCAUCAACGUGGAGGUCAGCUCAGAAUGGGAGCUGAUGAAAGCAAAGCUGGUAGAUAUGACUUGAUGGGAGCCAGUGCUGUUGUCGGGAACAUGAGGAGGAUGGCAGAACAAGCACAGCCAUGGGCGCUGUUACAUCAGUGCUCACUAGAACAGUGGAAAUGUGGACAUGCAGAAGCCACUGGUUUUGGUGACUCCCUUCUAACAUGUGAUGGCUUGGUUUUUAAGGACUGUAGUCCCGCUUUCUGCACAAGUCGACAAGGGAUCAUUGAUAUAAACAAAAGUAACUCGUUUUUCAGUUUUCGACGCAGAAGCAAAUUUAUCAAAAUGGCAGAACAUUUCGAGUACAACCAUAUUCCUGCCCAGUUGUCUUCGAUUCAAAAUUUCCAUGUCAAAAGUGUAUUAUGUUACCAUGACAACUUAGUCAUCCUUCAUCUUGUACAGAAUAUGAUGACUCAAUUUGGAGUCAUAGAUUUGAGUAUUAAUAAAUUUCUUGGACAUUUCGGUAAACAGAAUGUGGAAUUUGUGAAUGAAGCUUUAUGGGGUGAACUGAGUUCUGACGACUCAACAUGUUUGAUUAAAUUUCCAAAUCUCCGUGGAGACAACAGCGCAUCUGUCUUUCAGCUUUACAACAUUAAAACCAAACAGCUGAUUAGUGAAGUUAGUUUACCUUACAGUCACUCAUUAUUUGCAUUUGAUCCUAGAUUUGGAAACCUCCGUCUUGCUGUAACCAGCUUCAGACGAGAUGAAGAUAACUCACUUAGUCUAGUUCGAACAGACAUCUGGGAAACCGUGUCAUUCAACACACAAAUUGAUGUUUUCCGUGAUAUGCAGCGACUGAAAUUGAAAAACCUGGUGUACUCAAAAGACGGCUUGCUGAUAUUUGCAAUAAUGAUGACAGGUGGCUGUUUUUGUCGUGAGAAAAAAAGUCGCAAAUAUAAUGCCCUUACAAUGGCUGUUUACGUAUUUGACGGAGAUACUUCACAAACACUAUAUUGUAUUCAGUAUAUUAGAUUUAUAUGUGGUCUGCAUUCAUGUCCUGUUAAUUUUAUGCCUGUUUUUUCUAACUGUGGUGAUCGCAUGGCCCUGGUUCUUAAUGUGCCAGAUUCUUCGACAGAUCAUAUCCAUGUUUACAAGCUUCCCAACAAAGGUAACCUUCAGAACCGUUGCCGUACAAGAAUUUUACAAUACUUUUCUCCAGAGAUGAUUCCUCGUCUGCCAUUACCUCAAAAACUUUUGGACUAUUUACAAUUCAAACCAGAAUAUGUUCAGCCCCCACCUCUUGUGUGUUCCAGAUCUUAAAUACUUUCGAAUAACAAAACAGUACAGAAAUUUAAAAAAAAAAAAAAAACAA